AGUCGCGCGCCCUCGCGGCUCGCUCCACGUAGCGGCGCCUACCGCUUCACGCGAACCCCACCACGCCGGGAAACAUAGCUGAGACAAACUAUUUAAGAGAACACCCCCCUGAAUCCCUCUGAUAAUAUACUCCCCGUAACUGUGAUACUUUAACAAUCGAACACCGAGUCAUGCGGGCGCGGACGAAACCGCGAAUACAGCCUCCCUCUCCGCGCCGACACAGAUCCUCGCUAUUAUGAGAGACGCUGACGGCGUGCCUGAUACUAGUACAAAAAUGUUCGACAUGUCAAUUCAAGAGGUCAACGGUAAAGGCCCUAAGAAACGGAAAAAGUCUUUAGAGCACAUCUGUGAUAAAGAUCAGCCUCUACUAAACGAAGUACAGCCAGAAAAGGAAAGGGAAGAAAAAAAUGGGGCAAGUGCUAAGGUUUCUGUUACCCGCGAAGGUGUCGAGCUGCUCCACUGGCGAGAUAUGCCGCAGCAUCUGCAGUUCAAUCCCUAUGUACUGACGGGGUACCGACCGCUGCAAAGCUGGACUGGAUGCGUACGCAGUCUGUUCUAUUUCCAUAACGAAACGAUUAAUAUUCUCACACAUGGUAUAUCCUUAGUCUACAUAUUGGCCGUCCUACCCGGCUUGCUACCCUGGGGAAGCGGCAGUGGAGGUGCCGGAGCAUGGUUCUUAUCGCUAUGUCAUCUCCUCGGAGCCCUCGCACCCUGGUGUGGCUCGUUCCUGUACCAUUUGUUCAUGAACCACACGCAAGGCGCCAGUCUGUAUCAUCGGCUGUUGCAGCUGGACAUGCUGGGCAUCUGGGUCAGCCAGAGUAUCGGAGCCAUCCCGAUGGUGACGGCGACGGUGUACUGCGCGCCCGCUCCGCUGCGGUACGCCACGCUCGCCGUCUACUGCCUCGGCAGCCUGCUGGGUCUCUACAAAGCAAUGCGAGCAUGGUCGCCUUGGGAGCGUAGAUUAUGCUUCGCCGCACCGUUCUGCAUGCGACUCCUGCUGGCCGGGGCUAGGGCGGCGCGACUGGGCGGCGGCGACCCCCACGCUAUCCUGCACGUCUUCUUACAAGAUGCAGUAUCUUUAGGCGGGGGAGUGAUCGGUGCCAUGCACAUUCCGGAGAAGUGGUUUCCCGGGGCGGUGGACCGCUGCCUCAACUCGCACAACAUCAUGCAUGUACUCGUUGUGCUUGCCGUGUACUCCAUGCACCAGGUAACAACGAAGGACCUGGCAUGGAUGUCUCGUAUAGAUUGCCGCGCGCCGCUGCGAAAUCUUUGACGCAUACCGCCUUUAAACAUUGCCACUGUCUGAUUCCUCACUCAUCGCUCCACAUGUUAAUACCAAUUUCAUCGUGAUAAUGAUAAUGAUUUCAACCGCAGGCUGACACCGACAAUAGAAGCAUGUUAGUGAUGUAGAAUAUACACGUUAAUACGUCAUGUGACAACCAUGACGUCAUUGCUCUCUGCAAAAGAUUUUCUGCUCUUCCUUAUCUUGAACUCUGUUUCUACUCGCAACGAGAGAGGACUCUUUUAAACCGGAAAGUGACCGCUUUAAUGCUGGGCAUAGCGGCAUAGCCAAUAUUAGCUUAUAUUAUUUAGAACUAUAACACUUUCUCCAUCUCAUUAGGAGGUUAACUUUUGUAAGCACAUUUCUAUUAGGGAAACGAAACAAUCUGCCUCUUAAAUUUAUAUUCAAAAACAUAUCCACACGCACUUUUUAGUGAUUGCAUUGCAAAAUACUGUUUCAAUUAAAUAUACUUAGUAUGAAUAAAAUAAGAAAAAGACUUUGAUUUGAAGAUUUAAUGUUUAAAUAAGUUUUAAUAUUGAAAACUUACAAUAUGUAGUUAGUGGACAAUAUAAUGGCCUAUUUCUUUUUGGUUAUCCUCAAACAGAUUCGUGAUAAACCCUUUUUAAUUGUUGAUAAUAUAAAGUCACACUCAAAUCGUAUAUAAAUAGUGAUCGGUUAUUAAUAGGUAUAAUUAUUAAAGUAGAGAUAAGAUAACGAGUACAAUUAAAUUAUAUUGUCUUAAGCGAUGUUAAAUGAGAUGAGAAGAGAGCAAUGUUCGGUGCUUCGUUGCAUGAUGGAAUCCAAGAUAAGAGUGUAUUUAAAAUAAAACGUGUUACUGUCAUUUAUUGAAUUAGCAAAUGUAAAUGGCAAUGAUCAAGAUGAACUAAAUGUAAGAUUGCAGCUACGCACUGAAAGCUAAAAGCAGCACUGCCUUCAUCCAGGGCUUUAAUUCCCUAUAAUAUACAAAUCUUAACACACUCAUAAGUCGUAACUGCAAUUUGUGAUCUAACAAGAGGUGUCAAACUAAGUUUGGUAAAAGGUUUGAUAAAGUCAAUUCACAACGUUGCACGAAGCUGCACGCUGUUUGGGUUUGGCACUUGAUCCCGGCGGAUCAGUGGCAAAGUUCCACGUAGCAGGCGUCUUCCGAUCGAGAUUGUGAUGAUGAUGAUGAUGUGAUGUGUGACGCUAAUCAAAAACCUUCCGUAGGCUUACUUCGAUUAGUUUUAAUUAUAUUCACUAAGCAUUCUCCUAGAAAUCGCCCCCUUGAUGAUAUUAUUCUUAAGGAUAUAAUUGAUACGCUUUGUAAAUUUGAAGGCAUACCUACCUAAUUAUGUAGGAUUAAUAGAGGAAAAGCAAUCGAAGAUGUUUUAAGUAGAGGUUUCCCACAUAUUAUUUGGACUGAUGGUAUGUAUGAAAACACCAUAAUAUUCGAAAAUAUUGUUACCGUCUAUUAUAGUUGUGGCCAUAUUAAUUUCUUUCUUUCUUUUUAGUGAAUUUACUACAUUUUUCUACUUUGUUCUUCUUCUUCUUAUUUUGUAUAAUGGCUUUUAGUAGUGCCACACCAGCACUUCUACUUUGUUGGUUUCUGGUUCUACUGUUCUAGUAGCCGGAUAACCAUUACUGUAAAUGAAAUCCUUAACAUUAUUUUUCGAUAUUGUUUUUCUGUAUAAAUAAGGAUUUCACGCUCGCUUCUCUCACGCAAGCUGAGCAUGAUGUACUUUUAAUCAUUUGAGAAAAAAUAUUUCCAAGGUUUAACUUACUAACGUAAGUCAUAAUAGGUGAUAUGGAGACGUAGAGAAUUUGAAAAUAAUAAUUACAAAUUGGGACAGCGAGGGGUGCCACAAUGGUAUCUCGCACCACCAGCAAAAUUGACUAACAAAGACGUGCAAGCCUCCAGCAUACGUUUUCGACAUUCACGAGUAGAUUUUGGAAGGCGGCCACGCCAUUUGGACGAUUGGAAACUCCAUGAAUGCCCAUCUUAAGGCUCUGUAACAUUUGCAUUUUCAACUUAUCCCUAUUAUCAAAAUACACCUUUGUCACAUGAACCAAUAAGACCAGCCUUAGAAAUUCUAACUUUGUAAAGAAAUCAAACGGUCACUUUUACGCACUGUAACAGCCGGUUCUCAUUUGUCGUCUGUCGGCCUGGAUUUUAAUCUGAUGUUCCACACUUGUCUGAAACCGAUUUUGUGUCAAAAUGUUUUGUCACUGGAACAUCCGACAGCCGACAAGUGGGAACGGGCUGUUAUAAUGAAUACUCACGAUAAUCAUGGUUUACAAGUACCUAUUUAUUGAAGAUUGAAUAGGUAUAGAUUAUUUAUGUAUUGUAAAAAUAGAUACAUUAUAUUCAUUAAAUUAUAUCUAUUUCUGCAACAGGUAUUGCAUCACCCUCUUGUCUCGAACACAGCACGAUGAUCAUGAUUUUAAUAAGAAAUAAGUAUUACUUAAUUGAUAAUAAAGUAUUAUUGUCAAUGAUGAUUAUUCCAUUUCGACUCGUAUAAAUAUACUUAUUUGUAUUACGUUUAUAUAUUAUACUUGGACCUAAAACAAAAACCACCUAUAUAAAAUAAAGGUAUUAUAAAUUAUACCCAAUUUAAUGAAUAAAUAUAUACAUAUAUCAUAAAUAUCAUGACUGUAUCAUAAUAUAAUCAUACAUUUCUAUUGUUUAUGGGAAGUUAUUUCAUCUAAUAACAUAAAUAAAGGUCAUUAACCUAUUAAAUUAACUCUCAGAAUUGUAAAAAAUGUUGUGCAAGUGAAGCUUGAUAUUUAUCGAUACUUAAUAUUAUUAUGAAAGCUGUCGAACCCUUAUCAUACACGUGUCAUACAAGGCAUCAUUUAUGGUCGACAUAUUUUAUAUAUUUUAUUGUUAUUAUUGUGUUAUUCUGAUCUAAUGCACGUAGCAAUAAAAUUAAUUGUAAUUUGUACCUACCCACAGCAAAUAAAAUACGCUAGAUUAGAUUUUAUGUGAAAGAGAAUUCUAAUAAUAAUAAUUUUUAUCAUUCUUUUCUUUUAGAUGACAACAGUUCUUAUUAUAUUAAUGAGAUAUUUUUAAACGCAAAUAGCGUUAAUCCUUAGGAUGUGUAACUAUAUAAUAUAUAUAAAUAUUUUUACAUUUGAGCUUUCAUAAUAAAAUACAUAUAUUGUAAAAUCCAUCACUCCUCAAAGUGAACAAACAAGCGCAUAAAACAGAAGCGCGGUAAAAAAUUUCAUAGGUAUCAAUUGUGGCACAAGGUACAUAACAUAAUCUAAGAAUGUAACAUUUUUAGGUUAUUUUUCUCUAAAUAACAUUACUAUGUUAUAAUAUGUAUUGAUAUGAUAUAUCAUUAUAGUGUUGAUCCAGCUUACUAAAGUAAGUCAGUGGUCAAUAGGUACUCAACCAUAAAAAUGAAAAUGUAAUGUAUAAUUUAAAUGUCAGCUAUAAUUUAAGUAAACCUUCUAUUGGAAGUAUAACAUACUCGAUCGGAGUGUGUCAAUCUAAAAUAAUUAAUAUUAUGUAAGUGAAACUGACAUUAAAAACCUACAUCUCGCUUAAGUUUAACUUAGUAAUUUAUCUACUUCAUUAAAGUAGUUCUAUCGAUAAAUUUUUAGUAGUUAGGUAGUUAACAAGCAAUAAUUAUUAGACAAUUGUUAUGAAAUUUGACAAAAGUAGUGCUGUAGAAAUAUCGAUAAAUAAAAAGAACAUUAAAAUAUUGUUGAAAUUUAAUGCGAUGCGAAUGUAAUUUUUUUUUGCGUGAAUCUACUUUUGUCAAAAUUCUCUUGUUUUGUUUAUUUAUUGUGAUAGUGUUUUAGAUGAUGCCAAGUUUACUUGCGAGUUGAGGUCUUUUUAAUGUUAAAAUCUUAUUAAAUAGAACGCACUUUUAAAAUACCAACGGGUGCGACGCCACGCCGACCUGCCAAAAUAUCUAAAAACACGUUUAAAUUAUUUACUCAUAUUUUUGGAAAUCGAUAUUUUGACUUAAUACAUCAUAUUUACAAUAGAAUUAAAUUAUUUUAUUUAUUAAAAGACAUAAAACAAAAAUAAACAUUUAACAAAGCAACUGUCAUACAUACACACUUAUUCAAUUCAACUAUUUAUCAUAAUUGAUUCAAAAUAGUGAUUUCUAUUAUAUUCUAUAGUAUUAAUGUGUACACAAAUCAUACAAAAUAGCUUAUCUGAAGGUAAACUUUUUUUUAAUUUACUCAUAAAACAUAGUUUUAUGAGUAAAUGCUGGUAAUAUUAAUUUACGUGUAAAAUAUUUCUGAAUUUGACAUUGUUCUUGCAUUCGCUAUAAAUGGUAAAAUAUCCGAAAUAAAACCCAAAAUUAUUAUGUUUACUGAGGUUAUGCGUUUAAACUUUAAAAGCGGUUAAGGUUUAAAAAGGAAACAUAAUAUUGUGAAAUGCAAUUCAAACAAGCCGGCAAGCACUUACGAGCACUAAGAAAUCAUUUAGUUAUUGUAAAAUUUUAAUUAUGCAAGGAAUAAAUAUCUAAUCGACACUUUAUAAUAAAACAGCAUGUGCGCUAAUUCUUAUACGUCAAAUAAAAAUAUCAGAAUCAAGAGAAGUGUAUAAUUGGUGCGCGCUUCUGCAUACAAGAGAAGUUUAUUUCCUAAAUAUGAAUAGUAUUAUUAACUCAUCGAUUUCAAUGUAAUGUAGACCUUUUAUAAAUAAAUUUUUGUCUGUGGUUUACCAGAUUUCACUAAAAAUGUAUAGUUUCAAAGUGACUCGGACUCAGAUAUAUUUUGUUCAAAAAUCCCUCCGCGUCUUAUGGAAUAGUAUAAAAAUCUUUGAGCGCAUGUAACUUUGAAACUACGGAAAUCUGAAGAACCAUAGACACAGAAAUUCAUUUACGAAACGUGUUUACAAAAUUUCAUUGAGUUAGAUUAAAAUAUAAAACCUAUUCAAACGAAUAUAUCGUAUGAAGAUCACUCCAAAUACAAUCCUCAAAAUGAACAAAGGUAAAAAAGUGGAAAAUUCCGCAUAUUAUCGAUAUGAUAUUAACUAAUACAGUCGAUUAAUUUUAUUGUUCUAAACUUGUCCAUUAAGGAAAACUUAUGUGGACAUUUAUGUGAUUCAUUCUACAAAAAUAACCCAAAAACAUUUAAAAAUCAUUUUACGAAGAAAAUAUUUGUGUCACUUGGUUUCAUUGAAUGGAAACCACUGAAUGAUUGGUCCUUUGAAUGAUGCGGUCGGUAAUAUAUUAAACCAUUUUAUUGAAAUUUUGGCUACUUUUUAUAAAACCUUGAGUUUGUAACGAUAGAGUGAUAUUCAAGAGCAAUAUACCAGUAUUUUAAUGUUUUAAUAAUAUGUUUGUCGAUAGUAACCAGUACGAGAGUUGUGUCCACUGGCCGGUACGCAAAUGCAUCGUAUCGGGAUCUAGGAAAAAGGUUAACGAUUUAUUACUGAUUGGAUUCAAACUGUAGACGUUGACGAAAGUAUUAAAGUUUAUUUGAAUUU